UCCUCAGAACUUGUUCGUGUCUGCUCGCAGCCUCCACUCUGCAGUUACAGGCUGCACUACAGUUGGUAGCUGUUGGCCACAGGUUGUGGAUGAGGACGGAGGUCCGCGCGAACACAAUCUGCCCAGGAAACCAAUCAAUAAAAGGACUUUGAAGUUAAGUUGAUGUUUCAUUUGGGAGCUCUUCCCUCAACAUGAGGGUGCGUACUUGACUUUGGAUAUUGAACACAGGCUGUCUUUUGCUAAAAGUUCAAUAUCCAUUUUCCAGCGUUUCGGUGAGCAGAACUGGGCGCAAUUACGCACGGCGACCAUGGCACCGAUUUUGGAUAGACGUGCUCCCGCUUUGCUCUUGGUUUGGAGCUACUGUGUCUUGGCGGAUACCGCCUUUACGAACUUUACUUUGGACAACGAGUUCCACUCCAGUUUCAUCCACCGUCGGCUGAAGAGCCAGGAGCGCAGAGAGAUGCAGCGUGAGAUCCUGUCGAUCCUGGGGCUGCCUCACCGGCCGCGACCCCACCUCCACGGAAAGCACAACGCUGCCCCGAUGUUUAUGUUGGACUUGUACAACGCCAUGUCCACAGAGGGGGACGAGGACAGAUACUCCUACCCCUACAAGCCCGUCUUCACCACCCAGGGGCCCCCAAUAGCCAGCUUGCAAGACAACAACUUCUUGAACGAUGCAGACAUGGUCAUGAGCUUUGUCAAUUUAGGGAGUCAGACUUGUUUCUGUUGGACUCACGGGUGAUCUGGGCAGCCGAGGAGGGCUGGUUGGUGUUUGACGUGACAGCCACUAGUAACCACUGGGUCCUGAACCCUGGCAGGAACCUGGGUCUACAGCUGGCCCUGGAGAGCACAAAUGGAGAGAGUAUCAAUCCUCGUGUGGCAGGGCUGAUUGGUCGCAGUGGGCCUCAGAAUAAACAGCCCUUCAUGGUGGCCUUCUUCAAAGCCACAGAGGUGCACCUGCGAAGCAUCCGCUCAGCGCCAGGGGGGGCCAAACAGCGUAACCCCAACCGUUCCAAAGGGGCAAAGAGCCAAGAGGCGCUCAGAGUGGCCAAUGUUGCAGAAAACAGCAGUACUGACCAGAAGCAGGCGUGUAAGAAGCAUGAACUCUACGUCAGUUUCAGAGACUUGGGGUGGCAGGACUGGAUCAUCGCUCCAGAAGGAUAUGCAGCAUACUAUUGUGAGGGAGAGUGUGCCUUCCCACUGAACUCCUACAUGAACGCCACAAACCAUGCCAUUGUGCAAACCCUUGUUCAUUUUAUUAACCCGGAGACAGUUCCUAAGCCUUGUUGUGCCCCCACACAGCUUCACGCCAUCUCAGUGCUCUACUUUGAUGACAGCUCCAACGUCAUCCUCAAGAAAUACCGCAACAUGGUGGUCAGAGCCUGUGGCUGCCACUAGAGUGUCAGCAUCUUCACAAGGAGACACACACAUAUGCACACACACGCAAGAGUAGACAGGGCUUCUCCUUGCUGUCAGUGACCAUUUGAAACGUUGAGAAUGGAUUACAAACUAUAGUACACACACACAAAUAUGUUAUGAACAUUCAAGCGAGAGUUCAAGUGCAGAGUGUGGCAGAGAUUCUCGUUACGUUUUCAAGGUUGUCCUGAAGUAAAUGCGAUGUUGAGUGGCUGAGCAGGAAUUUAAAUCGCUUAGACUCCUCGCCACAAGCGCGCACAAGCAAACAAACAAACACGCACACACACACUCACGUUUGUGCUUUCUACUGUGUAUACAAGACAUUAAAAGCAGUGAUUGUACUGUAUAUUCAUUCACAGUCAACAAUCUUUUGUUUAUUUCAAUAAUUGUUAUUGUAGUUAAUUCUCUUACUGUAGAUUUUAUUAUAUUAUAUAUUUUUAUGACUGAGAGACCCAGAUGGAUGUUCUGAAUUUCUUCCAUGUACAAUACUGUGUAAAUAAUUUUUUCAAACAAAGCAAGAAGUGUAUUUAUUUCCUGGAAUGUCACUUGGGUUUGUGUUUUCUCCUGUAUGUAAUGCUGCCUGUUUUCUCUCACAUGAUAGUACACACUCUGAGGAAAUGAAAACAAAGUUGACAGAAAACUACUUUGACAUGAGUUCAAACGCGAUGCAUCUCUCUCUCUGCCUUAUGUGUAUAUGUACGCUACACACUGAUGGUGGGAGGCAACUUGGACCUGUGGAAAUGUCUACAUAUUUCAUCAGUCGGAGCUACCUGACGCACAUUUUUAUAGCAACAAUCAGCUGAACUGUCAGAGAGAGGGGGAGAGAGGGAGCUUUGUACAGAGCAUUUUGUUCUCUGUGUAAGACAUUUUCAGGUUUACAUUCCUCUGCUGUAAUACAAUCUCUCAUAUUUAAAAGGUCUAUUUAUUGAAAGCUGGCUAAGAUGUUCUACAGUGUGCUCCGAUGUCUCAACCAUGUUUUACUGCUGAACUGGUACAACAAUAAACUGGGA